AUGGGGAUCUCCGCAGGCUCCGGCCGCCCCGUGCGGCACGGCUGGGCGCAGCUGAGGCGGCUGGCGGGAUCGUGCGGGACGUGGCGACCGCAGAGCCCGGCCCCUGAGCUGCGGCGGCCGUGCCGCGCUGCUGUCGGGUCCCGGCAGCGCCCUGGCAACGCCCUGCACACCGCCCGGCCCCGCAGCCAGGAGGUCCCGCUCACCUGCGAGCGCUACGGCCUGCGGCGGCUGCCCUUCGCCCGCCUCGGCAGCGGCGAUGCGGCUUUCUUUGAGGGCCUCAUGCCGGGCAGGGUGUGCUCGAACCCCGAGGAGCUGAAAUCCUCUAAUGUGGACUGGCUGAAAUCAGUCCGAGGCUGCAGCGAGCUGUUGUUGAAGCCAAAGACAGCAGCAGAGGUGUCUCAAAUUCUCAGGUACUGCCAUGAGAGGAACCUGGCAGUGAGCCCACAAGGGGGUAACACAGGCCUUGUUGGGGGCAGCGUUCCCGUCUUCGAUGAGAUCAUUCUGUCCACUGCUCUGAUGAACAAGAUCAUCAGCUUUGACCCGGUGUCUGGAAUCCUGGUGUGCCAAGCUGGCUGCAUCCUAGAGAAACUCAAUGAGUACUUGGAGGAGCGGGGCUUUAUCAUGCCCCUUGACCUGGGAGCCAAAGGCAGCUGUCACAUCGGUGGCAAUGUGGCCACAAAUGCCGGAGGCCUGCGGCUGCUGAGAUACGGCUCUCUGCGAGGGACUGUGUUGGGGCUGGAAGUGGUGCUGGCAGAUGGCACAGUUCUGGACUGUUUGGCAUCGCUGCGCAAGGAUAACACUGGCUACGAUUUGAAGCAGCUUUUCAUUGGAUCUGAGGGGACUUUAGGUGUCAUCACAGCUGUCUCUAUACUCUGCCCCCAGAAACCUAAAGCUGUGAAUGUGGCGUUCCUAGGAUGUCAGGAUUUCUCUCGGGUUCAGGAAACGUUUACGACCUGCAGAGCCAUGCUGGGAGAGAUCCUGUCUGCCUUUGAGUUCAUGGAUGAGAAGUGCAUGGAACUGGUUGAGAAACAUCUUGGGCUCUCCAACCCGGUGAGAGGCAGCCCUUUUUAUGUUUUAAUUGAAACUUCGGGCUCCAACUUGAGGCACGAUGAAGAAAAAUUGAACAGCUUCCUGGAACAGGCCAUGACUUCUGGUUUAGUCACUGAUGGAACUGUGGCAGUGGAUGAUAAGAAAAUAAAGGCACUGUGGAGCCUGAGGGAGAGGAUCACAGAGGCGCUCAGUCGUGAUGGCUGUGUGUACAAGUAUGACAUCUCCCUCCCUGUGGGAAAGCUGUAUGAUCUUGUGACUGACAUGAGAGCUCGACUGGGCCACAGUGCCAAGAACGUGGUGGGCUAUGGCCACUUGGGAGAUGGAAACUUGCACUUGAACGUCACGGCAGAGUCCUACAGCCAUUCCCUUCUGGAUGCCAUCGAGCCAUUUGUGUACGAGUGGACAGCAAGAUACAAUGGCAGCAUCAGUGCAGAGCACGGGCUGGGCUUCAAGAAGAAGCAGUUCAUUCAGUACAGCAAACCCAACGAGGCAAUCUUUCUAAUGCAGCGUUUCAAAGCCAUGUUGGACCCCAAAGGAAUCCUCAAUCCAUACAAGACGCUGCCCUCCAGCCCCUGAGCAGAAACCAUCGCGUGAGGACGGCGUCUCUGCUCAGGACCCACAUGCUCCAGUUCGUGGUUGAAGUGCAAGCACAAGGAAUGUUCCCUGCCUUCCUUCCUUAGCGUGAUGGAAGAAGUGAAGGAAUGUGCUUCCUCUUUUCCAGGGCGUCUGCUCUUUCUGAAGAAGAACACGUUACUGAUUUUGGCAGUAUGGGUUUUCUGUUUAAUCUGAACCUUGACACCAAGCACACAAAUAUAUAUAUAUAUAUAAAUCUUA